AGCAGGAGGGGUUGUUUACGUUUAUGUUUCACUGUGUGAUAGUACACUGAAUUCUGUUGUUUUUUCGUAUGGAAUAUAGUUGUGAUUGUUUGGUAAUAACCGUGUGAAAAGUAAACAGAAUCAAUAUUUAAAGGGUUAUCUUAUGAAAUAAACCGAAAUAUUCGACAGCAGCCAUAGAGGAAGUCUAUUAUCUUCAAACAGUUUUGUUGUUUUGAGACUGACAUUUUGUUAUCGUGGUUCAAGGCUAUUGUAACAAUACAUUAACACAUAAAAUGAAACAUACAGAGCUACAGGAUAAGUAAUUUAUGUAUGAAAAUUUAAAAGAAAGCUUACUGUUGUUCUAAUUUGGUGGAGUUAGCCGUGUGAUCUUCGUUAGUUCCAAGUUUGUAUGACAGUGAUGUCCUCCGCGUUGGGAUUAUCAUUCAUUGAUAAAAGCCGCCAUUGAAAUCCCAGACAAAUAAAUUUAAGUGUAAACAAGCCGGCUAUGGUCGGCUACGGGUCACGGCGACCCUGGGCGAGUGUAUUGCCUUUUCAGUAAUUUUGGGAAAAAUGUAGAAUAAUAAUAUGCUGGUUGUUAAUUAUUUGAAAGCAGUUUUAGUUUUGGCAUGUCCCUUUGCGACCCUCGCACAACAGGACCCACGUGCAGGAUACAGGGAUGCCAGUGUCUCUGAUGUGCGGCUGACCAACUCAAACAGGGACAACAACUAUGGAAAUCUGGAAGUCUUUAUUGAAGGAUCUUGGACAGCAGUGUGUGACGACAGCUUUAACGAUAUGGCUGCCACAGUUGCUUGCCGACAGUUGAACUAUGAGGAUGGCAGGUUCCAACCAGGUUCAGCUGCCGGCAAGACCAAAACAAUGCCUAAAGUGGUGGACUUGCAGUGUAAUGGUCAAGAAUCCAGACUGGGUCAAUGUCAAAGCAAAGUCAGCGAUCACUGUCUGUCUAGUAACACCAUUUCUCUCUACUGUAGUCGCUCACCAAUAAGGAAAAAAGAAUAUCCAGAAAUCCGAAUCAAAGGUGGAUUAAAUUAUGGUUUAUUACAAGCAAAUCAGUACGGAUUCUGGGGCCCAAUAUGUGAUUAUGAAUGGACCGAUCUUGAAGCAGAUGCUGCUUGCAGAGAACUUGGUAAAGCUGGCGGUUAUGCUUAUUACGCUGUUAGUAAUUCGGAUGUUCCAAUGGUCAUUGGAGGUUUCAACUGCUCUGAUAAUGAAGAAACUCUAAAACACUGUGAUUUUAAAGGAUUUGGGGAAUCUCUCGGUUGUCAAUACCCAGUAACAAAAGGCCAUAGAAGAGCUGCUGGUGUUUUUUGUUACGAACAUGAAGAUGGUAUACAAUUUCGUCUGUCAGAUCGCUGGUAUGGUAAAGUACAAGUAAAGCAUUAUGGGGAAUGGGGCCGUGUCUGCAAUGCUAAUUGGGGCAACAAAGAAGCCAGUACUUUAUGUAAACAACUUGGCUAUGUUGAUGGACGUGCUGAAUUCACUCCUGGUGAAAGCAAUGGAAAAAUUCGAAUGGAUAACGUUAAUUGUACCGGCUCGGAAAGUUCUAUAUUAGAAUGCAAUCAUCGUUCUAGCUGGACAGGAACACUGGGACCUUGUUAUGAUGCUCGGGCCAUCUGCAAUACUACAAUUUGUGGCAGUAUGGAUAUCCGCAAUGACAUAACAAAUUUAAAUCGGCUGGAGAAUUGCACAGUGAUAGAGGGCAAUUUAACUAUUUUACUAAUUGAUAGUGGGAAAUGGGAGGACUACCAGCAGUACAGUUUCCCAAACCUCGUUGAGAUCACCGAAUUCCUUCUUCUCUUCAGAGUCAUCGACCUAAUAAGCUUGAACCACAUGUUUCCUAACCUGGCUGUCAUACGUGGAGAUAGACUGUUUAGUGAUUACGCUCUUGUUGCAUUUGAAAUGCCAGACCUUACCGAACUUGGCCUAUCAAGUUUGGUGUCAAUACCUCGAGGUGCAGUCAGGUUAGAGAAAAAUCCCAAUCUAUGUUAUAUUGAAACAGUGGACUGGUCGAAAAUCACAACCGGAGUCUUGGAGUCCGAAAACUACUUUAAAGGCAAUAAAGAUGUACAAGAAUGUGUAAACAGGUGUCCGAGUACAUGCGAUAAAACCAUUGAAUUUGACAAAGAAGUGCAUCGAUGCUGGACCAUCAAUGACUGUCAGAAAAUGCUAUCACCUCCAGCUAGCUGUGCCUCUGGUUUGUACAAUGGUGGCACAUGUUGUGAUUCUAACUGUAUAGGAGGAUGUACAGGGCCUUCUCCUCAACAAUGUUCUGCUUGCAGGCAGGUGAUGCAAUAUACAGGCAAUGGUUUGCCAACAUGUACACAGCGCUGCACUGCGGGGACAUACAUGUAUAAAGACCGCAGAUGUUUACUUGACUGGGAGUGUCUGAACUUCACAGAUUACCGAACAGUUCUUUGUCCCGUUGGUAACUCCACUAGUAAGGUGAAGAAUUGUCUCAAACUUAUUUUGUCAGCUGACAAACGUAAGCCUGGGUUGUGCGCCGCAAGUUGUCCAUCAGGAUACAACACUGAUCCUAAUGACCAGCAAAAAUGUGUCCUGUGUGAAGGAAAAUGUCCAAAAAUUUGUAGUGGUAAAGUUAUAGACAGUGUGAAUUCAGUUCAGGAAUUGAAGGACUGCAAUAUCAUUAAAGGUCCACUACACAUAAAACUUCAAGGAGGUCAGAUUGCUCAGGAGCUGGAAGCCAACUUGGCACAGAUAGAAGAAGUUACACAUUUUAUCAUGAUCAGUCACUCUGAAGCCCUGAUUUCUCUUCAUCCUUUCAAGAACUUGCGCAGGAUUGGUGGUGAAGACUUGUACCAAAACAAGUAUGUGUUCUAUGCGUACGACAAUCUAAAUCUACAAGAAUUGUUUAUUGAAGAAGUUACCAAUAAUCUCAGCCUGGGCAAUGGCUCCGUUCUGUUCCAGUAUAACAGGAAACUGUGCUACAAUAAGAUCAAAAAGUUUAUAACAUCUGUCGGCCUCGACCUGAACAAGAUAAAUCCUGAAGAAGUCUCUCAGGAUAAUAACGGAGAUCAGAUGCCAUGUGAUAUACAAAAGUUGAUAAUGAGGUCACUUAAGGUUUCGCCUCAUAUUGCGUUUGUGACAUGGACGAAGAUCAACCUUACAGCCGAUGCUCGACAUUUGAUUGGUUAUACCAUCAGCUGGAAAAUUGCACCAGAGAAAAAUGUUUCUAUCUACAAGGGACGUGAUGCAUGCUCUGACGAUCUAUGGAUGAGUAAGGACGUGUGUAAUACGGAUAAAGGCUGUCAGAGACUAAUUAACUAUAUAGCAGGUCUUGAACCCUGGACUCAGUAUGCUGCAUAUGUGAGAGCUCAGACAGUAUCGAAGGCUCUGACGGGUGCUAUCAGUGACGUUAUAUACUUCAGAACUGCUGCAGAAGUGCCAACAAGUCCAAUAAACUUGCAAGUAAAGGCAAAGAAUGUAGGUGAACUGGAAGUGACAUGGGACCCGCCAAACAAACCUAACGGCAAUGUGACUCACUAUCAUGUAUACUGGCAGCUGCGGAGGUUGAAACAGGAUGAAUAUGAACUGAGAGACUACUGCACUAAUCCACUCUCUGAGGAGAAAAUAGCCGAUAAAUUGAGGAAAGAAAAAGAAGCAGAGAAGAAGCAGAAUGGGACAUUGGAUGGUUACAACUGUGCUUGUCCCAAGACAGAGAAACAACUUAAGGUAGAAGAAAGGGAGAGAACUAUGGAAAUACACUUCCAGGAUUAUCUCCAGAACCAGGUCUAUGUGAAAAGACUGGAGCCUGCAGCAACUACCAUAGCAAAAAAGCGUCCAAAACGCUCAGUACCGCAAAGCAACUCUCACGAGGUAAAGAAAUACACCUACAAGCCCUCCGUGGAAGGAAUGGUGACCUUGAACUUGACAACAGUGGCAACAAGUACAGAUACCGCUACGACAUCACCACUGGUAGAGGAAGAACCGAAGAAAGAUAUUCAAAUGGAGAACCCAUACAUGAUGGCUGAUGUAGUUGAGCAACGAAAGUUUAUAAUAACAAAUCUGGGACAUUUUGAAGACUACAACAUAGAGGUGAUAGCAUGUCACACCAGAGAAGCAGACAAAGAUAUGUUAUGCAGUAACCAGGCUCUUGGAUUUGGUCGUACAUUGCCUGAUAGUGAAGCGGACACAAUAAAUUCAAGUCUGGUUGAAGUGAAGUUUAUAGUCAACAGGACAGGAGCUGUUCAUAUUAAGUGGCUGGAUCCACCGAAUCCAAAUGGUCUUAUACUAACUUACGAUAUUGAAUACAUGAAUCAAAACAUAAAAAAUGUGAAGCCAAAUUUGAUAUGUAUUCCUUAUGCAAAAUAUCGUGAUGUUGGAAAGGGCGGACAUAUCUUAGAAAAACUUGAUCCGGGAAACUACACGUUAAGACUGCGUGCUACGUCACUUGCAGGAAAAGGCUCAUGGACUGAACAUGUCACCUUUGCAAUACCAGAUCUCCAUUCACAAGAAUGGCCCAAGAAUGGAAUGGUGGCUGUGAUCUGCAGUGUAGUUGUAGUUGUUUUUCUUCUCACUAUUGUAGCAGUAUGGUUCAUCACAAAACGAAGAUUUGGCAAGCGUCUUCCAGAAUCUAUGCUGGUGUCCACCAAUCCAGAUUAUAUGGCUGAUUAUGCAGUCUACGAACCUGAUGAGUGGGAAGUGGAGCGUGACAAUGUACAGUUGAUCAGAGAAUUAGGCCAGGGAUCGUUUGGUAUGGUAUACGAGGGUCUCGUAAUUCUGACAGAAGGAGGGGAGAAAACUCCUGUUGCUGUAAAAACGACCAACAAAAAUAGCAAUGACCAUGAUCGCUACCAGUUCUUACAGGAGGCUUCCAUUAUGAAACAAUUCCAUUGUUACCAUGUUGUAAAGUUGAUUGGUGUGGUUUCUCAGGGCCAACCUGCCUAUUGCUUGAUGGAGUUGAUGCCACAGGGGGAUCUGAAAAACUUCCUUCGGCUACAUCGGCCAGAUGAAGAGGACAAUGAAGGUCGCCAACCCCCAACCCUGAAACAGAUUCUGCAAAUGGCCGGAGAAAUUGCAGAUGGAAUGGCGUAUUUAGCGGAUAAAAAAUUUGUACAUAGAGAUUUAGCUGCUAGAAAUUGUAUGGUAGGGGCAGAUAUGACUGUCAAGAUUGGAGAUUUUGGUAUGACGAGGGAUAUAUAUGAGACAGACUAUUAUAGAAAGGGAAGUCGUGGUCUGUUACCUGUACGAUGGAUGGCCCCAGAAUCCCUGAAAGAUGGAGUGUUUACCAGCAUGACAGAUGUAUGGUCGUAUGGUGUAGUAUUGUGGGAGAUGUCAACAUUAGCAGCUCAACCUUACCAGGGACUCUCCAAUGAGGAAGUCCUACGAUACGUUGCAUCAGCCAAAAUAAUGGACACACCUGAAAGAUGUCCUACUAAACUGUAUGAUUUAAUGGUGAAGUGUUGGAGAUAUAGACCAAAACAAAGACCUACAUUUAAAGAAAUCAUAGAACUUAUGUUACCAGACUUAGAUCCUAGUUUUAGAGAAGUCUCGUAUUUCUUCAGUGAAGAAAACGCUAAAUACGAGGAGGCGAAACAUAACGCCGGGGCCUCGAACAAUCACGAUUAUUUUGACUCAAUUGACGAUGAUGAAGAGGAUAAGGACCCUCAUUGUCCAAUGAACGAUUACGUAGACGAAUCCCAUCUACCGAUGUUAGGGGCCGGGGCCUCGAACGGGCACAGUGUAGAACUUCAGGAUAUAUUCAGUGAUACAGGAUCGUACCCACAUUAUAGUAGUUCCCAUAACAAACAACACGAUGGCUCAGCAGAAAUAUGUGAUUGUAAUGUAUUUAGAGAGCAGGCAGGUGCUGCAGCUCAAUCUAAUAUUGACUUUACCAGACAAGGUGUUUGCUCGAGCCCCAACAGCGCUAUUGGGGGCUCAAGUGACGGAAGUAAAGAAAGCAGUAAAAGUUCAAACAGUAGUUACGCUCACAUGAACGGACUUAGUGUAGCCAAUGGUCACGUACCUGUACACUUACAACGGACUACACCAUGCUAGCACAACUCCCCUCUCUCAUAAUGGCUCAGUGUGAUAACCUGUUAUGUAAGAUGCUCAGUACAGAUUCUUUUGGAUGCCCAUGUUGGAGAUAAAGUUGUUGUGUGAUACUCUUUAAGAAAAUUUAUAGAGAUUACAAACUGCAAAAGAUGGAUAAAUUUACUUACGAUAGUAAAAUGUUCAUCUUGGAAUAGUUAUGCCAAAACCACUGUGUUUUUAAAAUGAUUUUCUACGUUUGUGCCAACCAGUGUUACAGUGCCGAGGGUUUUCUAGUGUUUUCAUAUUGAAUUACAAUAUAGUGAUUUGAACACGAAUAUGUGGUAGUGAAAGGAUAAAGUUGCAGGUUCAAACUUUCAGAAUGAGCACAGAUUAUUACAAGGUAUUGUGGGUAAAGAAUUAGGGGAGGUCACUCUAGGUGCCUUUUUUUGAGAGGGGAGGUAAUUCAACAAUCAGUCUUUGACUGAACGGUAUUUCCACAUUGUGAUAAUCAGACAAUCAGCUUUUACUUGCUGAAACUGUCAUUUCUCUACAUUUGUACAGUAUGCCUUGUCCUUUACAUGU